AUGUUAGCUGCUCUGGUUGAAAGGUGGAGGCCUGAAACCCACACCUUUGUAUUGUCGAUCGGUGAGGUUACAGUGACAUUAGAGGAUGUCGCUCAUAUAUUCGGUCUACCCAUUGAUGGAGAGCUUGUCAAUGGAUGGACAGAUAGUAGUAGCAAGUUCGUUCAAAGUCAGGGCAUAGCAAUAUCCGGUCGUGAGCUAUCAGUCAGUCAUAAUGCGAAGUCCUAUAUAAUGCUAGGUUGGGUUCGACGUAUCAGAGACGCAGAGCCGUUGCACACUGAGGAGUCCAUCAGGAGAUACGUCAGAUGUCAGAUCUUCUGUUUGUUAGGGUCGACCCUAUUCACGGACAAGUCGACCGCAUAUGCCCAUGCGAAAUAUCUACCAUUGCUUUGCGAUUUCAACCGGAUCCAUACUUAUAGUUGGGGGUCAACAUGUCUCGCACAUUUUUACAGAGCACUAUGUCGUGCAUCACAAUAUGAUACAAAGGAGAUGGAUGGCCCUCUGAAUCUGUUGUUUGUUUGGGCAUGGGAGCGAAUGCCAUGUCUUGCUCCCGUACCGAGACAAACGCUUCCACCGGCCGAGAUACCAGUUGCCAGGAGGUGGAGUCAUUCGGAACGGACCACAGCGUGGUCAUCGAAGACCGUUGAGACAUUCAGGCAUGAUAUAGAUUACAUGUAG